AUGGCUGGAUCACGACGACGAUCGAGCACCGGGCGGCGGAGGACGAGUAUCCAGGACGAUGCUGCCAUGCUGGCGGGGCUUGGUGUGAAGCAAGAGUUGCAGCGGAAUUUCUCCUUCUUGUCGAUGCUGGGGCUGGCCUUUGCGAUCCUGAACUCCUGGACCGCCCUUGGUGCUAGCAUGUCACUGGCUUUGCCCAGUGGUGGUCCAGACGCGGUCAUCUGGGGUCUCGUUGUUGCCGGUAUCUGCAAUCUGAGUCUUGCAGCGUCUUUGGCCGAGUUCCUGUCGGCGUACCCGACGGCGGGUGGGCAGUACCAUUGGGUGGCGGUCAUCAGCUGGAAACGAUGGGUGCCGUUGCUGUCUUGGAUCACUGGCUGGAUCAACACUGCCGGCUGGGUCGCCUUGACAGCCACCGCUGGGCUGUUGGGAAGUCAACUGAUCAUUGGAAUCAUAGCGCUCUGCUCACCAGGUUACGAGUCGCAUCGUUGGCACCAGUUCUUGAUUUACAUCGGCUAUAAUCUCUUCGCGUUCGCAGUAAAUGCGUUUAUCACCAGGCUGCUCCCACUGGUCAACAAGGCCGCCUUGAUCUGGUCGCUCACCGGUUGGGUGGUCAUCUCCAUCACCGUUCUUGCCUGUUCAUCGCCAAAUUAUCAAGGAGGAGACUUUGUCUACCGAACAUUUAUCAACGAGACCGGGUGGCCAGAUGGGCUUGCUUGGCUCCUCGGCCUAUUGCAGGGAGGUCUCGGUCUGACUGGCUUCGAUGCAGUCGCGCAUUGUGUUGAAGAGGUGGGAGAUCCGACGGUCGUAGGCCCUAGGAUCAUGAUCGGCUGCGUUCUCAUCGGCGUCUUCACCGGCUUUAUUUAUUUGAGCGUUCUCCUGUUCGUCGCAAAGGAUGUGGAGGCUGUCAUCAGCUCAGCAGCCGGCCCAAUGUUGCAAAUCUUCUAUGACGCGACCUCGAACAAGGCCGGAUCGGUGUGUCUGUUGAUGUUUCCUCUUGUCUGCUUGUUGUUUGCCGCAGUCAGCAUCAUGACGACGAGCAGUCGGAUGGUGUACGCCUUCGCCCGAGAUGGAGGGCUACCCGCCAGUCGCUUCUUCGCCAAAGUUGACGGACGACUACAGGUUCCUCUCAACGCGCUCUGGCUGACGACGAUCCUGGUCAUCAUCUUCGGAUGCAUCUUCCUCGGUUCCAGCAGCGCGUUCAACGCCAUAGUUUCAGCGUCGGUGGUUGCUUUGGGAGUCACGUACGCCAUUCCUCCGGCAAUCAACUGUCUUCGAGGUCGACGGAUGCUGCCAGCCUCCCGUCCAUUCGUCCUUCCCACCUGGCUAGGCUGGACCUGCAACCUGAUCGGAAUCGCAUAUGUCAUUCUCACCACCGUGCUGUUCAUGUUCCCGCCGGAGAAAGACGUGACUGGCAGUAACAUGAACUAUUGCGUUGCAGCGUUUGCAAUCGUAUUGGUAAUCUCCACAAUGCAAUGGGUCAUCGACGGUCGGAAGAACUAUACCGGGCCUCAGAUUGACAUUGACGCUCUCAAAGCAGGGGAGAUUGUCGGGAUGGCGCCUGCGGAAGGUGAGGGGGGCGGUGUCGACCGGUCUAGCGAUGACACGUUGGGCGGAGGCCAGCAGAAGAAGGCUGAGAUCUGA